AUGGCCUUCGAUCUCUCCGAGCAAGAUCUCGAGGCGUUCUUUUACGGCCUUUCCGUGAAGAGCGUGAAAGUGAUCAAGGACCGCGACGAUAGGCCGAAAGGCUUCGGCUAUGUCGAGUUUGGCAGUCUCGACGAUCUCAAGGGUGCGCUGGCGAAGUCUGGAACGCCCCUCGCAGACCGCACAGUCCGCAUCUCAGUAGCCGAACCGCCAAAAGAACGCGACGGCCGUCCCGGCUUCGGCGGCGGCGACCGCGGCGGUCCUUCGACGACACCAAAUUCGAAUCCGACUGGCGCUCAUUCCGCCCCGGGCCCCUAUCCCCCGCGCCCCGUGGCUUCGGCGGCUUCGGCGGCGGCGACCGUGGCGGCUUCGAGCGGCGUCAAGGUGGCGACAGCGGCGGACUCGAGCGCGGCGAUCGGCCCCCGAGGGGAGACAGGGAGCCCUUACCGCCCAGCGCGGCCGACACCGCCGACGCCUGGCGCUCGUCGCGCCCCGCGCGCCCCGCUGAGCCCCGCCGAGCCCGAGCGCAAGAGGUCGAACUUCGGCGUCGGAGCCGGAUCAGCGGGCGCGGCCGAUAACGAGGAGACAUGGUCGAAGGGCAGCCGGUUCCAGCCGAGCACUGACGAGCCGCGCCGCGGCGGGUUCGGGGGCGCGAGGGGCAGGGGCAGAGGGAGAGGGAGAGGGAGAGGGAGGAGCAGCCGGCGAGUGUGGCGGAGUCGGGCGGGACGUGGAGGAGGGGGCUGA